AUGGCGAGCACCCACCCCCGCUCCCGCUCAGGCUCACCAGCUCAGCCUCCAGAAAAGAGGCUGCGACUCGACGCCAGCGACGCCAUCGAGGUCGAUUCGCCAGUCGUUGAUCAGCAGCCACCGCCAGAGAACGGGGACGCACCGGCGGAUAAGCCGCACCCGCCAAGUUCGUCCAAGAAACAGCCAAAGAAACACAAGAACAAGAAGAACGCUCGGCGCGCUCCAGAGCCGUACUCGCACGACGACAUCCUCUCACGCGAGGUCACUGCCCUCCUUGGCCAGGACAUCGCAGACGCAGCCAAGGCAGCAGACCUCGACUGGUCCUCCCCCUUCGAGUUCUCUCAGCAGCUCGAGCUCACCGUCUCCUGCAUCUCUCCGUCUACAGGUGAAUCCCUCUCCAUUGCCACCGCCGGUGACCGUAAAUGGGUCAUCGUCGCUCCCCUCUCUCUGCCUGGCGAACGCAUCCGCGUCCGCGUAUAUCGCCACUCUCGCCUCUACUCCCAUGCCGAUUUGCUCGAAGUCAUCGAGCCCAAUUCAGAAUGGCGAGACAUGUCAUUAGUCCAGUGUAAGUACUUUGGUACCUGCGCAGGCUGCCAAUAUCAGAUGCUUCCAUAUGAGAAGCAACUCAACUUGAAACGCGGGACCGUGGUCGAGGCAUACAAGAACUACUCCAACAUACCCACGGAUUUGGUGCCUACCAUACUGCCCACCAUCGGCUCACCACUGCAAUACAACUACCGCACAAAACUCACCCCUCAUUUCCAACGCCCACCGUUCUCCUUCCAGAAGGCGCAGAAACGGGGUGAUGCACCGCCCGUAGAGGGCAAGCCAGACUGGCUGAAAAUCGGCUUCCACCAAGUCGGAACUCGAAAUGUCAUGGACAUAGAGGAGUGUCCAAUUGCGACCCCGGUGAUUAACAAGGCCCUAGGUCCUGUACGGGAUAAUGUCAUCAACAACAUCACCAAGUUCAAGAACGGCGCGACGCUCCUCCUGCGCGACUCCCUCCCCCUCGACGCGGACACCGCCGCGCCCGAAUUGAGCAUCACCGCCGACGACGGCGCGCACAUCUGCGUGACGGACCAGAAGGGUACCGUGCGCGAGCGCGUCGGCGACAAGCUCUUCGAGUACACCGCCGGCACCUUCUUCCAGAACAACAACUCCGCGCUCGUCCCCCUCACCGACUACGUCCGCGCCGCCAUCUUCCCCCCGUCCGCCGCGGGAGAGGGCGAGGGCCCGACGCACCUCGUGGACGCGUACUGCGGCAGCGGGCUGUUCUCGAUCAUGCUCGCGCCGCACUUCGCGCGCGUCGCGGGCAUCGAGCUCUCCGCGGAGAGCAUCCGCUCCGCGCAGCGCAACGCGGCGCUGAAUGCGCUCGCGCCCGAGGCGGUGUCCUUCCUCGCGGGCGAUGCGGCGAACAUCUUCGACACCGUGCAGGACUUCCCGAGGGAGAGGACGGCGCUCAUCAUCGACCCCCCCAGGAAGGGCACGGACGAGCGCUUCGUGGAGCAGAUGCUUGCGUUUGGCGCGAGCACGGUCGUGUAUGUGAGCUGCAAUGUGCACACGCAGGCGCGGGACGUGGGCAUGAUCCUCGCGAAGAGCGCGGAGCUGGCGGGGGUGGAGGGGCGGAAGUACGUGCUGGAGAGCCUGACGGGACUGGACUUGUUCCCGCAGACGGCGCACGUCGAAGCGAUCGCGGUGCUGCGGCUCGUGUAG